UGUUUUGCCAAGCAGCCCUGACGGUGAAACUGUUCGGCGAGGGAAAAUAAAGCAAAACUAGAUUUUAAAGAAUAAAGAGAAGAGUCGUGUUUUCUGGCAGCAUGUCUGAGUUCCCACCAUUCCAGUACGGAAAGUCUCGUUUCAACCAGGAAACGUUUCUGGGUAGAUUCCGGCACUUCCUGGACGUCAUCGACCCCAGCACUCUCUUCGUGUCUGAGAAACGGCUGCAGGAGUGCAUUAAGCUGCUGGAUGGCUUCAAACAAGGAACUCUUCCUCCAGGAGUCACCGAUGCAGAGCUGUGGCAAGCCCAGAAAAUAAAGCAGGCCAUCAUCCACCCAGACACAGGGGAGAAGAUCCUCAUGCCAUUUCGGAUGUCAGGUUUUAUCCCAUUUGGCACUCCUGUGGUUGUUGGCCUCCUUCUCCCUAAUCAAACGAUGGCCUCCACCAUCUUCUGGCAGUGGUUAAACCAGAGUCACAAUGCCUGUGUCAACUACAGCAACCGCAAUGCGUCAAAGCCUGCACCAUUUUACAAAUUCUUCCAAGGCUAUGCGGGGGCGGUGACCAGUGCUGUGUCCAUCGCUGUUGGGCUGAAUGUUUUAAUCCAGAAAGCGAAUCGAUUAAGUCCGACCACCAAGCUUUUGGUGCAGAGGUUCGUCCCCUUCCCUGCCGUUGCAAGUGCAAAUAUCUGCAAUGUGGUGCUGAUGAGACACACUGAGCUGUCUGAUGGUAUCGAGGUGCUUGACGACAGCGGGCAGGUGGUGGGGACGUCAAAAGUUGCAGCAAAGCAUGCACUUAUGGAGACUGCCCUGACCAGAGUGGUCAUGCCCAUGCCAAUCAUGGUGCUUCCUCCCAUGAUUAUGGCUGUACUGGAAAAGCUUCCUCUCUUGCAGAGGCGGCCGAGGCUCGUCCUGCCCGUCCACAGCCUGGUGUGUCUGGCUUCCUUUGGUCUGGCUCUGCCACUCGCCAUCAGCCUCUUCCCACAGAUGUCUCAGAUCAGUGUGAAUCAGCUCGAGCCAGAGAUCGCGAUGGCAACAGAUUGUAAGAUUUUGACGUACAAUAAAGGGCUGUGAGGGAUCCCUCCUGACCAUCGCUCACUCUCCGUGGGUCGACCUCGUCCGACGCUGCCAGAAAAGGAAUGUGGAGGAGGUAGCAUAUAUUUGCAGAAAACAGCAGCUGAUCCUGACUAUACAUGUCAGUAGAGACGAUAGUCACUGGAUAAGCAGUAACAGUGACAGCUAAAUGUACAUCACAACGCCUCAAAUGUUAGCGACAUAACAUCAUGGAAACUUACCAAAUAUUCGGUGCCAAAUAAGCUUAACUGAAAAAAAAGCUGCAUAAUUCUGGCGGCUUUGCAACUUGUUUAACUUGGAAAACAUAACAGCUUAAAAGCAAAAAAAACAUCUGUAUCAAAAAACAAUUGUAUUUUCUGUAAGCAAAAAUUCACGCUGAUGAGAAACCGACUUGUAGAAAAGUUUUUAAAAAGUAUAAUGAAAACAGAAACACUUAUCUGUUAUGAAUGUGAAGCAGAAAUGCCUUUAAUUAUAUAAACCCGAUUCCAUUUCCAUCCUUUCUAAAAGUUGUGCCGCUUUUUGACUGAAGAUUUUUCUCUGACUUAAAGCAGAAAAAUAAAACUUGGAAGAAUUUGCUUUCUCAGCAUUUUCCCCUUUUUUUUUCUUUUACACUUGAAUCUCAGGUAGAAAAACUGUGAUGAUAGCAACAACCAGCAAAUGCUUGGUAGAAAAUGACUAUUAUUUCAGUUGAAUAUAAGUACAAUAAACAAAUGUAUUUCAAUGUCUGCCU